AUGUGCGUGGGGGCGGGGGUUCUCUCCCACCGGUACACCUGGACGCCGCGCCACUGCUGCCUCACCAAGAACGGUCUCCGCUACUACACGCACGAGGGGGGCGCGCUCAAAGGCACGAUCCAUUUGACCACAUGCACACUGCAGUCGUUCGAAGUCAUGCCAGUGGAUUGCCCCAACACUGGGCGCUCCGUCGCGACCGGGUGGCGUUUUGCGAUUCAAACCCCCGCCAAGCGGUACAUUCUAGCGGCCAUGUCCGAGCGAGAUUUGUACGGGUGGCUCCACGCGCUCAAGGGCGUCGUCGUCAUGCUCAACGAAGAGAGUCGGACAGAUCCAGUGCCGAGCCGCCCCCCGCGGGCAGCGCUCAUUCGGCGAUGGUUUCGGCUUUUGUAA